AUGGCGGCUGGACUAAAGACCAUCAUUGCGCUUUCAUUUGUUCUUGCCAUUGGCUUCCUCCUCGUUAUCCUCUCUUCCGCGCUAUGGCAUAAGUACUGGCCGCUGCUGGUCGUCGGCAUCUAUGUCGUUGCGCCCCUCCCCAACUGGAUUUGCCAACGAUGCGCAAACCCCGACGAUUUCAUGGAUAGCUCGAGUAACUCUGCGAUGGACUUUGGGCGAUUCAUGACUGGAUUUUUGGUUCUGACUGGCAUCGCACUUCCCUUCGUCCUCGCUCACAGCGGUGCGAUCGAGAUACCCGCAAUGAUCAUGUCCAUUAUCGGAGGCCUUUUGAUCUACGGAACCAUUAUUAGCUUCUCAAUGUUCUUCCAGGAACAGGAAGAGUUCUGA